GUUUACGACUCCUUAAUCUGUGAAGUUGAUGCCAUAGAUAAUGGUGUACCCAUAUGUGACACUGAGCCAAGGUAUGUCAUAAAUACUAGUCUUAGUAGCCGCGUGUCCCGCAUAAAUCCUCAUUGGAAUGAAAGUGAUAAAAAUGAGAAUGUCAGUAUAAGAUUUUUUCUGAUGGAUUGCUUUGUUCGCGCUCUUGAACUUGUCGACUCAGAACUGCGUUCCAUCGUCACUAAUCUGGCUCACGUAUGGUUGCCUGCACGCUCCAUAGUUGCUUCUGCUUUCGCGGCAAGAUUUUCUGUCCACUCUAGCGGCCAUAUUAUUGAACUACCUCUUGGUGGUGUAUGUCCUUGGAAAGUUCAUCUCUUUGCCAUAGAGGAGGACAUUAAACAUAUAAACUGUCAGUUUUCAGAUGUCACAAACCCUACAGCAAGUGAUCCCAGGAAACUUUUAAGCGACGAAAAAAAGUCCGUUUUUGGGCUCCCUCUUGGCCUUCCUCUUUUCGUCUUAUAUUGCCGUAAAGACGGACAUUGGACCGCUCAAACAGUUCCUAUCUCGGAAAAAAAUCCUUUCGGGUCAAGGUGA